CACCAUCUGGUGUGCUUGAUAUGAAGAUAUUCCUGUUGAGUCGAUUAUCCAAUUUUCAAGAUUGUUGAAACAAAAUUCUUACGAGUAUUUUCGGCAAAAAUGAUUAAAGCUGUUAUUAUUGUUGGUGGCCCCCAAAAAGGCACAAGAUUUCGCCCAUUAUCGUUUAAUUCUCCAAAACCAUUGUUUCCGAUUGCCGGUUUACCGAUGAUUGAACAUUUGAUUAAAGCAUGUGUUCAAGUUCCAGAAAUGAAAGAAAUUCUAUUGAUCGGAUUCUAUCAACUAGAUGAUGCUUUUACCGAAUUCAUUCAAUCUAUGACAUUAAAAUAUCAGAUUAGUAUUCGAUAUUUGCAAGAGUACACCCCAUUAGGUACGGCUGGUGGUAUCUAUCAUUUUCGUGAUAUGAUCCGUUUGGGAGAUCCAGACGCUGUAUUUUUAAUCAAUAGUGAUGUGUGUGGAAAUUUUAAUCUUGUUUCUAUGUUGGAUUUUCAUCGACUUAUUCCACAACCUGAUAAAUUGAUUACAAUCAUGGCCACAGAAGCUACACGUCAGCAAUCACUUGAGUAUGGAUGUAUAGUUGAAGAUCCAAAUACGCAUGAAAUGAUGCAUUAUGUAGAAAAACCUGAAUCAUUCGUCAGUACGACUAUUAAUUGUGGUGUAUACAUAUUUUCAACCGAACUAUUGAAUUAUCUAUCAUCGGUUUUCAAAGAGAAACAUGAAUCAAAUAUGAAUGAUGUUGAUAUUUUAAAUUUUGAUACAACAUCAAUGAAUCGCGUUCAUUCGGAUGCCAUUAGUUUGGAAUAUGAUGUUUUCAAACGUUUAUUUGAAUCGAAAAAAAUUUACAUAUUUCACCAGAAAGAGCAUUUCUGGUGGAGUCCAAUAAAAACACCCGGUUCAGCUCUCUAUGCCAAUCGUCAUUAUCUUUUGACAUAUCGAAAAUUUAAUCCGGAAUUAUUGAGUUCAACCAAACCGGAUGGAAAUGGUCCUACAAUUAUUGGUGAUGUUUAUAUCGAUCCAACAGCUGUUAUCGAUUCAACAGCGACGAUAGGUCCAAACGUUAGCAUUAGUGAAGGUGUCAAAAUUGGUGCCGGUGUUCGAGUAAAAGAAUCUAUUAUUUUGAAAAAUGUAACCGUUAAAAAUCAUUCAUUGAUUAUGUAUUCCGUGCUUGGAUGGAAUUGUGCCAUCGGUACAUGGUCUCGUGUAGAAGGAACACCCUGUGAUCCGAAUCCUAAUCGUGCCUAUUCAAAAAUGGAAAACCUGCCAUUGUUUGAUUGCAAUGGAAAACUUAAUCCGUUGAUUACGGUUUUAGGUUGUAAUGUACGAGUAACAUCGGAAAUUAUCAUAUUAAAUUCGGUUGUAUUACCGUACAAAGAAAUUAACCGAAGUUUUAAAAAUGAAAUUAUUUUGUAAAGAAAUUUUUAAUAUUUUAAUUUGUUGAUCAUGAUUUUUCU